AUUUUUCCAUUCCUUUGUAAUGUGUACGAGCGCCAAAGUUAUGAAAUGGUUCCACGGCAUGUGAGAAAUACGGAGCUAGUAGACAAUUGUUUUUGUAGAUUACACUGAUGCAACUUUUUUUGCAACUUUUUAAUCCGUUGCGCCACAAUGUGCGACGUUUUACAAAGGCCGUCCACAGGCAGUUUCGUGGGCCAGGUAUCAGCCGGUGGAGAUUUGUGACAAAUUGAGCAAUAAGCCCCACGUGAUGAAGUCCCGAUGACUGCAAUAAGUCGCCCAGACUAUGGCGUAGAUACAGAAUUUUUUUUUAAAAAGCGUCUAAAGACAAAUCAUGCAACAAGUUAACACCAUAAAAACAACAUCAACAACGAGACCCCCUGUGAGACUGAUUACAGCAUCGUCAACAAUCCGUCGCUCUCCAGCUGUUGCAAAACUACAACUCCCAGCAUGCCCGGACAGCUUCUACAAGGAGGUCCCCGUAUCCUUUGAUGAGGUGGCGGUGUAUUUCUCGGAGGACGAAUGGCGCCAUCUAGAGGAGUGGCAGAAAGCUCUGUACAGAGAGGUCAUGCGGGAGAACCUGGAGGUGGUGUUGUCUUUGGGAUACCAGUAUCCCCGGGUCCCUCCCCCGCCAAGGAGCCGUCCCGAUCGCGAAUCGUCUAUCACCAAUUAUUUCGGAUUUCGUUUGGAUGAAGAAUUAGGAAGAGAUGCCAAAGACAUAAGAGAAGCCACGUUCCGCUUUCCGAAACAUCUCGUGAAUGGCGAUGAGGUCCGCGAGACGAGAAGAUCUCAGGACAUUAGGAAGGUGCACAGGUGCCCCGACUGUAGGGCCGUAUUCGGCAGCUGGUCCCUCCUUGAAGCGCAUAAGAAAACCCAUAAGGAAGGAAGAGUUCAGACUUGGGAUGUGCAUGAGGUUGUGAAGCAGGUUCCUGUGGUGACCCCUCCGCCCGCACCCCCGACAGGACGGACAUUCCAAUGUAAUAACUGUGAUAAGUCCUUCAGUAACCAAUCCGUCCUCUCUCUGCACCAGAAGACGCACACCGGCGAGAAGCUCUUCAAAUGCCCCGAAUGUAGCAAGAGCUUCCAGAAGAGAUCCCAGCUGAUGAUGCACAAGAGAUGUCACGUAGAGGAGAGACCAUUCCAGUGCACGGAGUGCGAGAAAAGUUACACCCAACAAUCCAAGCUGGUCGAGCACCAAAGGUCGCACACUGGAGAGAAACCCUUCAAAUGUAAUGAGUGCGGGAAAGGCUUCACCAAGAGGUCCCACCUGAAGGAACAUCUGAGGAUCCACACCGGGGGGAAACCCCAUAAGUGCGACCAAUGCGAUAAGACAUUCCAUUACCCGUCAAACCUGGUGGAACAUCAGAGGACGCAUAGCGGUGACCGACCGUAUCAGUGCACCGAAUGCGACAAGAGCUUCAUCAAGAUGUCCAAACUCAUCGUCCACCUCCGGAUCCACACCGGAGAACGACCGUACAAGUGCACGGAGUGCGACAAGAGUUUCAGCCAACAAUCCAACCUCGUAGUCCAUCAGAGGACUCACACGGGAGAGAAACCUUUCAAGUGUAAUGACUGCAAGAAGAUGUUUAGCUACCACUACACUAUGAUGGUCCACCAAAGAACCCACACGGGGGAAAAGCCUUACAAGUGCACUCAGUGUGACAAAGCCUUCACUCAACACUCAAGCCUCAAACUCCAUCUUAAAGUUCAUGAGCCUCAACCACCUGAUGAACCUGAGAAGACGUCUUGUGAGGUGCCACCAACCCCAGACCCAACAACGCGCUCCCUAUUCGUGGUGCCACCAACCCCAGACCCAACAACGCGCUCCCUAUUCGUGGUGCCACCAACCCCAGACCCAACAACGCGCUCCCUAUACGUGGUGCCACCAACCCCAGACCCAACAACGCGCUCCUUAUCCAUGGUACCACCAGCAGACCUCACAAGUCCUCCAGAAGAUGUGCAGGACUGUGAGGAGGACUAUCUUCCACGGUCACCCCUGAGCGAGUAUUUAGGUGCCCUUUUACUUCCAGAUAAGAAGUAUAGCUGCACCGAGUGUAACAAAUGCUUCCUCGAAAAGUCUAAGCUGGUUGUCCACCUGCGUACGCACACCGGGGAACGUCCCUUCAAGUGCUCCCUAUGUGACAAGGCCUUCAUUCAAUGGUCCCGUCUGACGGAGCACAGGAAAACUCACACAGGAGAGAAGCCCUAUGUGUGCUCCGAGUGCGGCAAGAGUUUCCUCAAGUUGUCCAAGCUGACCGUCCAUCGGAGAAUACACACCGGAGAGCGUCCGUAUACCUGCACGGAAUGCGGGAAGCAGUUCACUCAGCAGUCUAACAUGGUGAUCCAUCAGAGGAUCCAUACAGGGGAGAGGCCCUUCAAGUGCAAUAACUGCAGCAAAACCUUCCGCUACCAGUCGUCUCUUAUUAGACAUCGACGGGAUCACACGGGGGAUACGGAGACCUAGCGGAUCCAGUGAUCUCAUUAGAGACUUUGUAGACCGUGUCUCAGGGUGGACAAUAAAACGCUGCAGUUUUGUCU